AUGUCUCAGAGGAGUAAAGCAUCUACUAAGGAAAGCCCCUCCUCUGGUCCUCAGUCCUCAUCAGAUGCAUCAACUCCACGCUCUGCUCUUCGCAACUCCUCCAAAGAUUCCAAAAACUCAAGUAACAAGGACUCGCCUGGUAACCAAGGGCAACGCAGCAGCAGAUCCUUCAGCCAGAAUUCAGCCAUCGCAGCUGCAUACACACAAUACCUCAAUGCUCUAUUUGGACAGGACAGAGAUUUACUACCAGAGGAAUUAGACGAGCUCCAUGUAGCGUUUAAAGAGUUUGAUUAUGAUCAGGACGGAUACCUGCACUAUAAAGAUGUUGCGGACUGCAUGAGAACUAUGGGAUACAUGCCGACAGAAAUGGAACUGAUUGAGAUCAUUCAGCAAAUCAAAAUGAAAUGGGGGGGACAUGUGGACUUCGAUGAUUUUUGUGAACUAAUGGGACCCAGGAUGUUGGCUGAGACUGCACAUAUGGUCGGUCUAAGAGAGCUGCACUGUGCUUUCAAACAGUUUGACUGCGAUGGUGAUGGACAGAUCACUUUUGAGGAGCUGAAGGAAUCCACAAAGACGUUGCUCGGCGAGAAACUGAAGAAAGGAGAGCUGGAAGAAAUUCUGACAGACAUCGACCUCAAUGGAGAUGGGAAUGUGGACUUUGAUGAGUUUGUUAGGAUGCUGUCUAUUCGGUAGCUGAAUGUUUUUCCAUAUUUGAGAUCUGAAUCACCGAUCAUCAACCCACCAGCUUUCAUCACUAAAGUUGCUCAAUACAUUGUGUUUUUUUGACAUUACAUUAAAUUAGCAAAUGUACAGAGCAUGUAUUUGUAAUAAAAAUAAUAUUCCAGUGUUUUCUAUGGUUCUAUGGUGGAUUAUCUAAUAAGGACAGAGAACAUACGCGUGUUACGAAACAUCUGCUGUUGCAAAACCUGUGAAACUCUGCUGCCACUCAGUGGAGGAUUUUUGUGGCAAUA